AUGACUUAUAGCAAAAAGGCACUUCUUCUGUUUUAUCUCGAUGGAGAGUCUGUUCGGUCCGUGAUUCUGGACGGGGUACUGGGCUUCGGCGUACUAGCAGCGUCCAAGAUACACCAAUCCAAAGGUGCAGGUCGGGACAGCAGCUGGUCACUUACAGAGGCGGGUAACCAACAAGUGAAGUGA